AUGGCGGUUACUACGGUGGAUAUUUUACUUGCUAAUCUUUUAUAUUUGUUUGAUUGGGAAAUGCCUGAAGGAGUGAAGAGGGGAGAUAUAGAUCUUGAUGGUCUUCCAGGACUUGUUCAACACAAGAAACAUCCUCUGUGCCUUGUUGCAAAAACUAGAAUUGCAUGUGUGUGA